CUGAAAUCGAAAUCAGAGGGCAUACUAAACAAUAUGCAACAUGUAUUAUAGUACGUGCGUAUACAAUUUCAACGAUUGUUUUUCUCGCUGGAAACGAUUGCGGUCAUUGAAACGUGGCGCACCUGUGUCAAAGGAGGCAAUGCGAUUGAAACCCUCCCUUGGACUAUAUACCAUCGUGCACUUGGCUUUGUUGUCGAUGGUUCUGGUAGCAAAUGCCUUGCCACCAGUAAUACGAGUCGGUGCAAUUUUUACAGAAGAAGAAAGAGAAGGUAGUGUCGAAUCGGCGUUUAAAUAUGCGAUUUAUCGCAUAAAUAAAGAAAAAAUACUCCUGCCCAAUACACAGCUGGUGUAUGAUAUCGAAUACGUACCCCGCGAUGAUUCCUUUCGCACUACGAAGAAGGUCUGUCGGCAGUUGGAAGCUGGUGUUCAGGCCAUAUUCGGUCCCAGCGAUCCAUUGCUAGCCAGUCAUGUGCAAUCAAUUUGCGAAGCAUUCGAUAUACCUCACAUUGAAGCUCGCAUCGAUCUAGAAGUUAGUGCCAAAGAAUUCUCGAUCAACCUAUAUCCUUCUCAAAACAUCAUGAAUUUGGCCUACCGUGAUCUGAUGAUGUAUCUCAACUGGACUAAAGUCGCUAUUAUUUACGAAGAAGAUUACGGACUUUUUAAACAACAGGACCUUAUUCACUCAUCCGCAGAGAUGAGAACUGAAAUGUAUAUAAGGCAAGCAAAUCCGGAGACUUAUCGUCAAGUUUUACGUGCAAUACGUCAAAAGGAAAUUUACAAAAUAAUAGUUGACACCAAUCCAACUAAUAUCAAAAAAUUUUUUCGAUCAAUUUUGCAGCUGCAAAUGAACGACCAUCGAUAUCAUUAUAUGUUUACAACUUUCGACAUAGAGACAUUUGAUCUGGAGGAUUUCAGAUACAACAGCGUCAAUAUAACGGCCUUUCGAUUGGUUGACGUCGGAAGUAAGCGUUAUCAGGAUGUAAUUGAUCAGAUGCAGAAGCUCCAACACAGCGGGCUAGACUUGAUCAAUGGGAUCCCGUACAUACAGACAGAAUCUGCCCUAAUGUUUGACUCAGUUUACGCCUUUGCCCACGGACUCAAACAACUGGAUAGCAGUCACACAUUAUCAUUUAAAAACCUUUCGUGUAACUCAGACAGAGUUUGGAGUGACGGACUUUCCCUCUAUAACUACAUAAAUUCGGCAGCAGUUGAUGGCUUGACUGGAAAAGUGAACUUCAUUGAGGGGCGAAGGAACAAAUUUAAAGUCGACAUACUCAAAUUAAAGCAAGAGGUAAUACAAAAGGUGGGUUUUUGGCAGCCGGAUGCAGGCGUUAAUAUUUCCGACCCAACGGCAUUUUACGAUUCCAAUAUUGCAAAUAUUACGCUGAUUGUAAUGACGAGAGAGGAACGUCCGUAUGUCAUGGUCAAGGAGGAUGCAAACUUAACGGGAAACGCUAGAUUUGAGGGCUUCUGCAUUGAUCUACUGAAGGCCAUAGCACAACAAGUUGGAUUUCAAUAUAAAAUCGAACUGGUGCCCGAUAAUAUGUAUGGGGUGUACAUACCCGAAACGAACUCUUGGAAUGGAAUCGUUCAGGAGCUAAUGGAAAGGCGCGCCGAUUUGGCUGUGGCUUCGAUGACCAUUAACUAUGCAAGAGAAAGUGUAAUUGACUUUACCAAGCCAUUUAUGAAUCUCGGCAUUGGUAUUCUAUUCAAGGUGCCAACCAGUCAACCCACACGACUGUUUUCCUUUAUGAACCCAUUGGCAAUCGAGAUAUGGUUAUAUGUGCUAGCUGCUUAUAUAUUAGUAUCAUUCGCGCUAUUUGUGAUGGCUCGAUUUUCACCAUAUGAAUGGAAAAAUCCGCAUCCAUGUUAUAGGGAUACUGAUAUCGUUGAGAAUCAGUUUUCGAUAUCAAACAGUUUUUGGUUCAUAACGGGAACGUUCUUAAGACAAGGAUCUGGACUAAAUCCGAAGUACAUUAUCCAUUUGCAGAUUUCAGAUCGUGCACAAACCAAGUUUUUCUCUUUUAUGAAUCCGCUCGCUAUAGAAAUCUGGUUUUAUAUAGCGUUUGGGUACAUUUUAGUAUCCAUGUGUAUCUGGAUAGUAGCACGACUGUCACCAAUGGAAUGGGUACGAUCAAAGCCCGCCUGCUCCAUGGCCUGUGAUCAUAUGCUGCGGAAAAUUCGUAAAGCGAAUAAUGCUUACGACCAUUUCGAAUUAAAAUUUAUUGCAAACUCUACUAAUGAUGGAACACAUAAUAACGAUGAUAAUUAUAAUGCUAACGAUGACAUUGAUGUCGAUCUUGACGAUAACCCAGAUUCUGAUGAUACUUUGGAACUAGAGACCGUACAGAAUAGUUUUACACUGAAAAAUAGCUUUUGGUUUGCAAUCGGCGCUCUUAUGCAGCAAGGGGCCGAUCUCUAUCCCAGGGUAUGAAUAUCACCAUCUACUAAAUACCAUCUGCCCCAUCCCUAUUACACAGUUGAGAAGCGCAGUAUUACAAAAAUGUACAUCGUUGCCCAUGUAGAAUCAGAAUACAGAUAUGCGUUACCCUAAAGCUUACAACGUAUUGCAAUGUAAGGUCUCGUGGGAUUAGCUGGAAG